UGAGUCGAGGAGGCGAGAUGGGGAAGGGGACCAAGGGACAGGGGGAGAGAGAGGACUCUUUACAAGGGAUGGAGUGAUUGUGAGAGAGGAGGAGGAAGAGGAAGACUACUUUGAGGAGGAGGAAGGGGAUGAGGGGUUGCUCUCAGACUUGGACGAUGAUGAGCGCGACCUAGCCGAGGCCCGGCGGUCGUGGCAACGGUAGCAGUGGCAGCGGUAGCAGCAAAGGCGGACUGAGGGAGGAGGCCCUCGCAAACCAAAGUGAUAUUUCCAAAUCUCCUUUGCUGGCUACUCCCUGCCCCACACCCAAACCCCCACCCUCGCCCCUAGCCUCUCCACCCCCAGCAGGAGUGGCUGAGGGAACCAGCUUUACGCCCAGCGCAGCCCCCCCCACCAGCUUUAACUGCCUGUCCCGUGCCCAGCCGGUCUCCCCCCGCGGACGACAGCGGCAAGACAGGGUCGCCCGCCUCGGCGCCCAGAGACGAAUGUGCCAAUGGAGAGAGUGCCAACGCAACACAACCAAACGACGCUCGCCCGACAGAGCCACCGCUAGCAGCAGCAGCUUGCAGCACCCCAGCCACUCACACAACCCCCACCACCACCACCACAACCAGCAGCAGCAUCCUGGCCUGACCUACACCCUGCCCAGGCAGGGAACUCCCUCGGCAGGCUCCCCUGAGGCCCUUCAGGACCUGGGCGCUGGAGGAGGAUCCAGCAGUGGUGGUGGCAGCAUGAUGGACUUCGGGAGCGGCAGCGGAGAAAACGGGGCCCAGAGCUCGCCCUACACGCCAUGGGCAGCUACCUACCUGUCGGGCUCUCACUCGCGCAACUCCUGCAAGACGCUCAAGUGCCCCAAGUGCAACUGGCACUACAAGUACCAGCAGACGCUUGAGGCGCACAUGAAGGAGAAGCAUCCAGAGUCUGAGGGCGAUGAGUGCCCCUACUGCAGCAGUGGGCAGAGCCACCCACGGCUGGCCCGCGGCGAGACCUACACCUGCGGCUACAAGCCUUUCCGCUGCCACGUCUGCCAGUACUCCACCACCACCAAGGGCAACCUCAGCAUCCACAUGCAGUCCGACAAGCACCUGCACAACAUGCAGAACCUGCAGAACGGCGGGAACGGCUCGGGCACCGAGGCCGGCCACUCGCACGGCUCGGCUCGCGACGCCCAGGGCUACGGGAACGCGCCCACGGGAGGUGGCGCGGCGUCAGCUGCCCCGUGCCCUACGCAGCCCAGCGCGCUGCACCCCCCACCGCGUGCCCACUCACAGCCGCACGCGGGCCAGGUGGGGCCUCAGGUGGGCGGCACGUGCAGCUCGCCGUCGCCCGCCAAGCCCAAGGCCCCGGCCAUGUGGCGCUGCGAGGUGUGCGACUACGAGACCAACGUGGCGCGCAACCUGCGCAUCCACAUGACCAGCGAGAAGCACACCCACAACAUGCUGCUGCUGCAGCAGAACCUGGCCCAGAUGCAGCAGCACCGCACGGGCGGGGGUCCAGCGUCGCUGCCCCCCACCCCCUCUGACACCGACAUCUACCAGUUCUACCUGUCGCAGGCGCGCAGUCUCAACCUGACGCUUGGCACCAAGGCCGAUCCCAUGGCCACCGAUGCCCAGUUCCUGCGCAGCAUCUUCUCCACGCAGGACGUCUCUGGACUGGCACUGACCCGUGGGGAGCCGGAGAUGGAGGUGCCCGCUCUGACCAUCACCCGGGCACCCACGAGCCAUCUCCGGGUGGCGUUGACCUUGCGGCCGGCCAGAGCAUGUUUCCAGUGCGGCGUGUGCGAGCAGUUCUCGUGCGACGGGCUGGACGGACUGGCACGGCACCUGGCCGCCCAGCGCUCGCUGCCCGAGUCCGAGUGGCGCACCACGGUGGGCGAGAGCCACCACUGCCGGCUGUGCCAGUACGCCACGCCGCUGCGCGCCAACUUCCAGCUGCACUGCCAGACAGACAAGCACCUGCUGAGGUACCAGCUGGCCGCACACCUGCGGGAGGGCCGUAGGGAGGUGGAGUGGUGGCUGAACAGUGUGAGCAUAAACGUGGGCAACCCUGUGCGACUCCGCUGCAACGCCUGUGCCUACGAUGCCCCGAGUCUGGAGAAGCUCAAACUGCACACCAUGAACUCACAGCACGAGAGCAGCCUCAGGCUCCACAAGUAUUUUCAGCAGUUAACCGGUGCUGUGGAUGAGGGGUGUGUCUUCCACUGUCUGCUAUGUGACUACUCCACUUCAUCCAGCCUCUCUCUGGUGCAGCACUCCCAUUCGCUCAGCCAUCAACGUGGGGAGGGGCUGUGGCGCUUCCAGCGAAUCCAGAGAGGUCUGCCAGAGGAAGAGGAGGAGCUUAGUGCCAUCUUCACAGUUAGGAAGCCCCCAGUACCAGACGAAGGAGAUCAGAGUGAAGUGGAGGCUGCGACUGAUGGCUCUGCAGAGCAGGAGGAGCAGACCAAAACCUCUGUAAAAGGGGGAGAAAAGGAGACAAGUCGAGGCUCAGGCUCAUCGGAUGGGGAAUUGGACCAUAAUGACGGCUCUCCCCCACCCAAACGCCCCAGCUCUCGGGCAAGCGUGACCGACAGCCCUCCUUCCUCAAAGAAGCCACGAACUGAGCCAGCGUCCACUGAACAAAUGCUGCAGUGCCCAUUCUGUCGCUUCAGCCACUCGGACCUAGGCGUCCUGCGGGGUCACGUGAUGACCCAGCAUUCCCUACAGCCUACGCUGAGAUGUCCACUGUGCCGUGACACGCUCGGCAGCGUUUCGCUUCUGCGCACGCACCUGACGCACGUGCACAACGUCACCUCUGACUGCACCAACAAGCUCAUCAACACGGUGAUUGCCUCCGACGUGCUGCCCGCCAGUAUGUUUACGCCAGUCCCCAACCCAGAGAAGGAGGGUUCCAACUCGAGCACCGAUAACACAAAGAAACUACACGAAGACUCAAAGGCAGACCCUGAUAAAGGGAAAUCACCAAACUCUGAGGUCCCCAAACCUCACAGAUCACCCCUGGAGGAUGCAGAGUCCACCAAGGAAAACACCGCCGCCUACCCAUGCUGGCAGAAGGGCUGCAGCAAAGUCCUCAAGUCCUCCACCUCCCUGCAGGCUCACAUCAGCGAGGUUCACAACAACCAGAAGAGCCCAGGGCCAGUGUCAGACCGCCACGUCUACAAAUACCGCUGCGGCCAGUGCAGCCUGGCGUUCAAGACCCCUGAGAAGCUUCAGCUGCACUCACAGUACCACGCCAUCCGUGCGGCCACAAUGUGCUGCCUGUGCCAGCGCAGCUUCCGCAGCUUGCAGGCCUUGCGCAAGCACUUGGAGACCAGCCACCUGGAAUUGAGCGAGGCCCAGCUGCAGCAGCUCUACGGGGGGCUGCUCAUGAAUGGGGACGCCCUCGCCAUGGGCGACCCAACACUCGGAGAAGAGCAGGGAUUGUUCGGGGAUGACUGCAUGAAGGACGGAGAUGAGAUUGACCUGGAGGAAAAACAGAGCUCCAACGGUAGUGGUGGUGAUUCUGGGCUGGUGCAGCAGGAGGAUGCCGCGAGUGAGAUGAAGCGAGCGAAUCUGCCAUUUAGGAAAGCCACCAACCUCACCAUGGAGAAGUUUCUGGACCCGCAACGACCCUUCAAGUGCACAGUGUGCAAAGAGUCCUUCACACAGAAGAACAUCCUGCUGGUACACUACAACUCUGUGUCUCACCUCCACAAAGUCAAACGUUCACUCCAGGACUCCACAGCAGGAGUCCCUGAGUCCGUCAGCAGCACCGAUCACAAACCUUUCAAGUGUUCCACCUGUAAUGUGGCCUACAGCCAGAGCUCCACUCUGGAGAUCCACAUGAGGUCAGUCCUGCACCAGACCAAAGCCCGUGCUGCCAAAGUAGACCCUUCUAUCAGUCCUGCCUCUGCUAACACUCCUUCAAUUAGCACUAGCUCAUCCUCCAGCAGCUUUUCCCUUAGUUCUGCUACAGCUGUGAAAUUUGCCACAGCCACAAGUUCAGCCUCUAGCUCAACUGCUCAUGCUCAUUUGGGAGGCCAACAGAGCAGUGAUGCCCUGUAUACCACUGCAGGCCAAGCUGCCAGCCACUCUUCCCUUUCUGAGAGCCACGAGGCUAAAAGGAAGAGGCUAGCAGAUAUCAUAGCCUCCACAGCACAGCAGCAGCAGCAGAAGCUUCUUCAGCAGCAGCAGCUAGCCCAAGCCCAAGUACAUCUGCAGCAGGAGCUGCAGCAGAAGGCAGCACUCCUCCAGUCCCACCUGUUCAACCCAACGCUCCUGCAGCACUUCCCCAUGACACCGGAAGCUCUCCUUCCACUCCAGCAGCAACAGCAGCUGCUAUUCCCCUUUUACAUCCCUGGUGGGGACUUCCAGCUGAGUGCGGAACUGAAAAAUGCGGCUCUGAAUCUCGCCAACUCUGCCAGUCUAGGUUUUGCUUCCCAGCUUGGCCCAAGCCCAAGUGAGGCAUCGGUGGCACAGAAAGAAAAGCCGAGCAUAAGCACCUCGCAGCAGGACCUCACAAGACCUCCUCUGCAGCAAACUCCAACAGUGUCCCACGCUAUCAGCAACGUUAUCUCUCAUCAAGAUGGUGGAAAAUCUCAGACACCUAAAAUUCAUACUGAGACCGCUGUGCCUGAGCAGCACAGGAAGGAAGAGGCCGAGAGCACAAAUAUCAGGCCCACGGAAAAGCAAGAUGCUGGUAAAUGCAACACCGGGGAGAGUCAAGAGGCAAAGAGUUCUGGGAAAGAGGUCAAAGUAGGAUUCCUGCCACCCAGGAUUUCCCAUGAUGCCUCUGAUAAUGCCUCAAGGGCUUUGCUGGAGAACAUUGGUUUUGAGCUGGUCAUGCAGUUUAAUGAGAGCAAGCAGAGGGUGCAGAGGAAGUUUUCUGAAAACAUAGCUAUGGCUGUUGGCGAGUCUGAUUCAAAGGAAGUGGAUCCCCUGCAGGGAAAGCUGAAGUGUGUGGCUUGUCACAAGCUGUUCUCAAACACCCUGAUACUGAAGAGCCAUCAGGAGCAUGUCCACCAGACUGUUUUUCCUAUUGAAUCACUGGAGAAGUUUGCCAAAGACUACAGGGAUCAGUAUGACAAGCAGUACCCCUUGAGGUCUCUCACUCCUGAGUCUUCCCCUACUCCUCCACCUCCUCCACCACCACCUCCCCCGAAGCCACCCACACCUCCCAGCUCCCAGCCAAGCCAGCAGCCUCCAACCCCAAGCUCUGCUCCCUCAACUCCGACUGUUGCUCCUCCAACAGUCUCUGCACCUUUGCCAAAAGCACCCACUCUCCCACCUCCACCUCCUCUCUCCUUGCCUGUGGACCUUCCACUUUUCCCUCCUCUUAUGAUGCAGCCCAUACCCUUGAAAACACUUCCCCCUCCGGUUCCUGGCUCCAUGCCUGCUAUGGACGUUGGUCUCCCCCAUGACCUGGCUCAACUCUAUCAGCAACAGCUCAGUCCCGCCCUGUUGCAGCAGCAAGGCAAGCGUCCUAGAACACGCAUCACUGAUGAGCAGCUAAGCGUGCUUCGCCAGUACUUUGACAUCAACAACUCUCCAAAUGAAGACCAGAUCAAAGAGAUGGCAGACAAGUCCGGCCUGCCUCAGAAAGUGAUCAAGCACUGGUUCCGCAAUACACUGUUUAAAGAACGUCAGCGCAACAAGGACUCUCCUUACAACUUCAACAACCCACCAACCACCACUCUGGAAGAUGCUAAGGUAGACUCCAGGCCUCCAAGCCCUGAGCCUCAGAGGUAUGAAUGUUAUGGGAGCAAGAGGUCCUCAAGGACUCGCUUCACUGACUACCAGCUGAGGGUCCUGCAGGAUUUCUUUGAUGCCAAUGCCUACCCAAAAGAUGAUGAAUUUGAGCAGCUCUCCAACCUGCUGGGCCUUCCUACUCGUGUCAUUGUUGUGUGGUUCCAGAAUGCUCGUCAAAAGGCUCGCAAGAACUACGAGAACCAAGGUGAGGGUGCCAAAGAGAGCAGCGAAAGACGAGAGAUGUCCAACGACCGCUACAUUCGGACUCCCAACCUUAGCUACCAGUGCAAGAAGUGCAGCCUGGUCUUUCAACGCAUAUUUGACCUCAUCAAGCAUCAGAAGAAGAUGUGCUACAAGGAUGAAGAAGACGAUACCAGAUAUGACAGUCAUGAGGAUUCAAACGACUUCAGGAAUGAAUACUACAGCUCCUCUGCAUCCUCAACCUCUCAUACCCCAACCCUCUCCUGUUCAAGUUCAACCCUCACUGCUGAGUCUACCUCUACCCACAAUGUGAAACCUGCUGAUAGUAAUGAUGCUAGUGCUGCUAGCAUCUCUGAAACCCCCAGAGAGAGGUCAUCUCAUACUGCAGAAGCACCUAACCUUUCCAAACCACACCAGAGCAGCUCUGCCACCUUGCACCAGAAAGAGCCACAGCUGGAGACUCACCAUCACAAGCUGUUGGCAGAGGAAAAAGAGAAAGGACACGCAAGCAGUCCCAAACCCUCCUCUUCCAUGAAACAGCAACAGCAGCAGCUCUCCCCCUCUGUUCCCCAGACGAGCCCAGCUUCUUCAGAGAGCACCCGUACCAGUCUCAACACUGUGUCAAGCCCCCAGACCUCACAGCAAACAAGACUGACCCAGCCUGUUACUCCCUUCCACUGUGGCCAGUGCAAACUCGGUUUCCCCUCCUUCGAGAGCUGGCAGGAGCACCAGCAGCUGCACCUCCUGGCCAAUCAGAACCAGUUUGUCCAUCCACAGUUCCUCGAUCGACCGACAGACAUGCCCUUCAUGCUGUUCGAUCCCAGCAACACACUUCUGGCCAGUCAGCUCCUCUCCAGCGCCUUUCCACAGAUCCCCUCCAGCUCGAUUUCCUCCUCACCCAUGCCCAGUGCCACUAUAAACUCCUUGAAGAGGAAGCUGGAGGAGAAGGCCAGCACCAGCCCCAUGGAGAACGACUGGGAGAACAAUGGUGACGAACAGCAUCGCGACAAACGUAUGAGGACAACCAUUACUCCAGAGCAGCUUGAGGUUCUCUACCAGAAGUACUUGCUGGACUCCAAUCCCACCCGAAAGAUGCUAGACCAGAUAUCCAAUGAGGUGGGCCUCAAAAAGAGGGUGGUCCAGGUGUGGUUCCAAAACACAAGAGCUCGAGAGAGGAAAGGCCAGUUUCGAGCGCUGGGUCCAGCCCAGGCUCAUCGUCGAUGCCCAUUCUGCAGAGCCCUCUUCAAAGCACAGACUGCCCUUGAUGCCCACAUUCGCUCUCGCCACUGGCAUGAGGCCAAAAGCGUCGGCUAUAGUUUCUCGAUGUCCGGCAUGCUUUCGGAUCAAGUAGGAAUGAAGAUGGAUGGGCCAGAAAUGUCAGGCAAUUUACAGCUCUCUAGCUCCUGGAGCAGUCAGUUAGCUGCCCUGUCUCCUGCUAACAAGAGCACCGAUUCGUCCCAUCAUCACAGCUCCAGCCCGAGGUUCAAGAUGGAAGGAUCUGAUGACUUUGAUGGUCCAUCAAGUUCCUCUCUCAGUCAGUCAUAUGAUCAAAGCAAAUUCGACAACGAUGACUGUUCCUCAGUAAAUACAUCAAUUACUGAUGCUACCAUGGGUGAGGAAGGUGGAGACACCUCUGAGUCCAAACACAGAGGUAGUGACAUCCUCGCGCAAAUGACUGACAGGGCCUUUUCCUGUGACAAUGAUGACCUGAUGUCCUCAGACUUAGUGAGUCCUGCCAUGAGUUUCAAUGCAAAGGACUAUGACAACGAGAUGAUGGUGGAUUACAGUGAGAGUUCUAGCCUUGCAGACCCUUCUUCCCCCUGUCCUGGAACCUCUGGGAGCCAAAGUGGAGAUAACAUUGAGCGAUCCGGUCCCAAGCGUUACCGUACCCAGCUCAGCAACCUUCAGGUGAAAGUGCUCAAGGCCUGCUUCACCGACUACAAGACUCCCACCAUGCUGGAGUGUGAAGCCCUGGGCAAUCACAUCGGGCUGGCCAAGAGAGUAGUCCAGGUGUGGUUCCAGAAUGCCCGUGCCAAGGAGAAGAAAGCGAAACUGAAUUUGGCAAAGCAGUUUGGUGGUGAGCCAUCCCAGAGUGAGGCACCAAAGACUGAAUGCACCCUUUGCGCUGUCAAGUACAACAGCUGCCUCUCUGUUCGUGACCACGUAUUUUCCCAGGCGCAUGUAGCCAAGGUGAAAGAAGCAGUGGGUAGUCAAAUGGACAAGGAGCGAGACUACUUUGAUCCGAGUACGGUUCGCCAGCUGAUGGCUCAGCAGGAGAUGGACCAUCUGAAGAAGUCCAACGAGGUCCUGGGUAUGGCUCCACAUCAAAGAUUUGACCCUGCCACACUCCAGGCUCUAAACCUCUCAUCCAUGUACCCUGGUCUUCAAAACAUGCCAGGAGUCUGCAGUGCCAGCAGCUUGAACUCGCCUCAUAUAGCAGGUCCCAGCAGUCUGUCUCCCAGCGUGUCCUCCAGUGGAUUACCCACCAAGCCAACCACCACCUCUUCCUCUUCAUCGACUCCAUCCAACUCCAAAGUCAGCAUGGCCACCUCUGCCUCUACUGCAAAGACCAAACAGCCAGAACUACAGCCUGAGCGCCCCAAAGAGAACGGCACUGAAAAGAGUGAGAAAGAGAAGGUCAAGGAGAAGCCCUCCAUACCCCCUGCCCCCUCCACCUCGUCCACCCCCCGAAAGUCCGACAAACAAGACCCCUCCGCCCCAACAACCUCCACUCCAAAACCUGGCAUGGAGUUUGUGAUGGAUCCAGCGCAGCUUCAAGCCCUACAGGCAGCCAGGGGUGGUGCAGAUCCAGCAGCCUUCCUGUCUAACCCUUUCCUGCCUUGCUUCAUGCCUGGUUUUCCCUCAUACUUCCCUCCUCAGAUCCCAGGGGCUCUUCCUGGAGGUUACCUGCAGCCCAUAUAUGGCAUGGAGGGCCUGUUUCCUUAUGGUCCAGCUGCCCUGUCCCAAGCCCUGAUGGGCUUGUCCCAAGGUUCCAUUCUCCAGCAAUACCAGCAAUACCAACAGAGCCUCCAGGGGGCACUACAGCAGAAGCACCUGCAGCUCCAGCAGCAGCAGACACAGAAACCAAAAGCCCACUCCCAGGCCAAAGCUGACUCCAAACAGCCUUCCCAAGACACAGUGAAAGCUAGGGAGCGCAAAGAUCCUUCCUGUGGCAAAGCAUCCCCCUCCACUUCAUCUGAUCAGUUGUCAUCCCCAUUGGGUAACAAACCUUCUAAAGUCAGAAACAUGGAUGAGCAUCUUCUCCUGCGGGAGGGUGUCGUCCCCAAAGUCAAAGGUGGAGAGCAGGGGAAAGGUGGUCGGUUGUAUGACUGCUUGGCUUGCGACGUCACGCUCAACGCAGACGAUGGUGAAGCCCUCUGCCGCCACUUGGAGUCCCCACAGCACAAGCGCAGCGCGGCGGAGCGACUUAACGCCAAAGAGCACGCCACUCACGUGUUACCUCACACCGCAACCUGCGCUCCUGACUCCGCCAUGGCAUCUACCUCACAGCCUGCCCCUCUGUCCACGCUGACUCCUCCAUCCUCCUCCUCCUCUUCCUCCUCCCACCCCUCCACCAUAGACGGACUAUGUUCCCCGCCCAACCUUUCGACAGCUUUAUCGGGGUCGCCAGACACCACUCGUACCCUGGCCUCCUUCUGCAACCAAACUCCCUCCUCGCCUUCAACGGUUACCUCAAGCUUGGCGAGACCCUCUAGCGCUCGCUCCUCGAUGCCAACAGACCCCAAUGGUGGGACGCCCCGUGCCCCUGCCAUGGAGAAGCCCCUGGAGAGACAGAGUCCCACCCUGCCAGAGGAGGACCCACUGGGGGGAAACUCCCGGCAGGACGGCAGUGGCAACGCCAAUGGCAAUGGCAGCGACUUCACUUGUGUUGGAACAGACUCGCUGGGAAUGUGAAAGAGAGACAAGAAAAGGACAAAAAAGAAGACAAAAAAGAACUACUGCAAAGAAGUAAAAGCUUUUUGAGUGUGGAUGUUUGAGGAACACAAAGAGAUGAACGAGUUCACUUAACAGUAAGAGAAAAAAAAUGUUUAAACUGACUGAUAUCUGAAGAAAACUAACUGCAAUUCCAAUGCUCGUAACCAAAAAAUAAUAUGCGUCAGUCGAAUGUUUUUCUUUGCCAUUUAACAUGCUGAUUAUCAUCCAUCUACCGUAAACAGUAUGAACACUACAAAGACUUAUGCAGUUACGUUUUUAAAGUGAAAUUGGAGUGUUGUAUAAAAAACCUGCUCUCCCUGAGCGGAUCCCCACCAAACGAACAAUUGAUUCAAAGUGUGUUCUUAAUUUUUGAGUAGCGUACAUGUAAUAGCACAUUAACUUAAUGCCAUAAUUCAGAACGAGAGAACUUAUCCAUACACACACACACACACACACACACACACAUACACACAUACAGACUAAUGGCGAAGCAGUCUCCCUCCAAGUGUUUGAAAACUGUACCAAUGGCUUGCUAAAAUAAUGAUGUAUUGUAAUGGUGUCUCCUCUCAGGUCAACGGCUGGUAACUUGGUUCUCGUAUGGAACUCAUUGUAUAAAUUCUGUUCUUGAAAAUACAAAGAGAAAAUGUUUUAAGCCUAAAAUGUAAGUGUUAAAAAGAAGGGAAAUAUUAAGUCCUAUUUUUUCUUAAAGUUGGAAAAGCAUUACUAGUCUUAUAAAUGUACGCAUUUUGGUUUUAUUUUGACCUAGGACUUAAACUUUACCCUAAAAACAAAGAGAAAUGCAGACUUGAAUGGUUGAUUUUUUUUUUUUUUUUUUUUAAAGAAAGCCUCUGUGUUUUAUGAUAGCUACAUGUAUGAACAUUUUUGGUGUUGCGUAGAUUGUUGAAUUUUAACUGUUUGGUAGGAAGGAAAACCCGUAUAUUUAGCUUUUGUAUUGUCCAACUCCAAAAGGCACUUCAGUGGAUGUCGUUUAGCUCACUCUGAGGAGGGGGAGGAGUGUCUACUUUAAAAACCUCAUUCUGCAGCCCCCUAUUCUUUUCUGCCCCUCACCUCGUCUUGCCAGCCGCUACUCGACUCGACUCGACUCUGAUUUGUGUAGCACUUUUCCAGCCAGCUCAGAGCUUUUUAGAAAGCCACAGCCAGAACUACCUACUCCCUAACGGUGUAGCGGAGAGGGUGCGCCUCCACUUAGUCAUCACGAGGCAGGGGAGAACAGGGGACAUUCCCACGAUUAUUUUACAAUUAUGCACUUAGUUGAAGCCUUGCUCUGUCACCUUUUGGCAGCUCAGAGCGUCACUCUUUGCCACAUUAGAGCUCAACGCAUCGACAUUUAAUUUUCACCGGGUUUUUUUUAAGGGGAUGAGGCGAAGUCACACUCAGCAUGAUGGGACCGCAGAAAAAGGGCAUGAUGGGAUUCGGAGUCCCCACAAGACUGGCCCAUCAGUUAGCUGGGUGGAUAAGGAGAGUUGGAUAGAGAAGAGAGAGAGAGAGGAGGAGAAACGUUUCCUCUACAGCUCUUUGGUCCACUGCCUCAUCACCCAUCUAAUGUUAAUUGAUUGUUUUUAUUUUUUUUAUUUGUCGUUGUUGUUGACCCUUAAAGAAAUAGUUACAUCUCUUCCUGUGUUACAGAUCAGUAGCUCAUUUCCAAUUAAUUUCUACAGUUAUCAUUUCAAUAAUAAUAAUAAUAAUAAUGAUAAUAAUAAUAAUAACAACAACAGUAUUGCUUUAAAGGAAGAUCCAAAGACGAAAUACUUUAACCAAUGGUGCAAACAAAUAAAACACUUCUUUAUACUUGAUAUGUUAUUGCUUUUAACAAAAUAGAAAACAUGAUUUUAGAUGACUCAGUCUGCGCUAGUUCACUGUUUGUGCUUAUUUAUAAGGAAAAGCAGUGUCUUCAUUUGCGAAAUAACAUGAAAACCAAAAACCAAAAGAGCCCUAGUGCUUGUGGUAUGGGGUAGCACCAGUGUAGAGCCAUUGCAGUUUGUAAGAUAGAUUAAAAAAAAAACCUCUUUGUUAACUUUGCUGUGACCAACAGUUAUUUUCUUGGUCGGUCAGUCUGUCUUUCUGUCUGUCUGUCUUUCUUUAAUUUGGUUGGUUUCCAGGUCUGAUCUUUGAAGACAUACGACUUGCUGCUAAUGUAGUUUUGUAUUGAUACUAAGAUGCAUGCUGAAAUUUGCUUUUUCUCUAAGCUUUAAUGACAACAAACAGUAAGCUUAAUGCCAUUUCCAAAACAGUGAUCAUACCUGCUUUCCUCCCCCAUCGUUGCUAUCUUUAAAGAAAAAAAAAAGAGCAUAAAAGACUGUGAAUAGACAUGUACCUUCCAAAUAAUAAUAACUAUUAUUUUUGGGGUUUGUUUGUUUUUCUUUGAAACUAGCCAAUGUUGAAUACCAAUGAUAAAUAUUGUUUAUACAGAAGACUGCAUUCCAAAUACCACACUAAUACAGUUUUCAUAGAUGUAUUGUAUUUUUAUUUGAUGACUCGUCUGUUUGUUUGAAAAUCAGUGUUAAAUGUUUGAUUCUGCUGUGAGGGGUGUUUGUGUGUGUGAGGGGAGGGGGGGUACACCCCAGGCCUAUGUCGCGUUAACGACCUGGGCUACAUUAUGUGCAACUCCUGUCUGAAAAUUCCUGGAAAAAAAGGUUGUUACUGUAACCAUAGCGAUAGCCAAAUAAUGUUGUAAAUGCACACCUCUUUGUGACAUGUGACUUUCUGUUUAUUUUUUUUGUUUUGUUUUUUUGUUUGUUUGUUUGUUUUUGAGGUUUUUUGCCAUCAUACUGACCAUAACACAAGAACCCACCCUAGUCAAUAAAGUCUGUUUUGUUGCAGA